GUCCUCACAAAAGGACACGGUGGAUGAAACUUUGGUUUAUCCAUUCAUUUCAUUGUCUCAUAUUAUUACACUACUUUACAUCUUGUGGCACUCCUUCUCUCACCAAAGUUCCAUUUUUCCCAUCACUUCCAUACUCAAACACCAUGCUUUCAACAAUUGUUUAAGGUUACUAACAAACACAAUUAUUUUAGUUCAUGGAAGCUGUAGAGACAAAAUCUUCAAAUGGGUAUGCUAAGGCUCCAUGGUUAUUUAGAGGCAGUGCCUUGUAUCAACUCCAUCUUGUGAAAUCAGAGAAAGUUAGAUCAUGCAUUCCAAAAGAAUUCAAAUUGGUUGAAGCUUUUGGAUACACUUUAGGUGGAUUCUUUCUAGCCACUUAUGAGGACAGUCCAGUCGGUGUCUUUGAUGAGCUUGUUGUGAUUGCUGGACUUGUUUGGAACCGCCCAACAUCAUGCGCAUGGGCAACGACUGUGUACGUGAACAACUAUGAAGCCUGUUCUCACGGAAGAAAGGAAGUGGGUCUUCCAAGUCAGGUGGCUAGGUUUUCCAAGACAAGUAGGGCAGUCUCAAGACAAUCAAGGGGCAGGGGUGAAUUUUUAAAUAUGAUUGGAAUUGGUUCUGAGUUCUUCAAUCAGAAUGAUCAGAUGAAUGUUGAAGUAACCGAAAUCAAAUCUCUUGGUACAACAGAUACUUGUAAUAUAAGUCUCACUAGUGCUGCAGUGCCUUCUUUGAAUAUUGACCGUUGGAUAGGGCCAACAAUUAAAAUGUCACUUCCAAGUUUUAGUGGUGGCACAGAGUUUAAUCCCAACCUUCUCAAGUACACUUGUCAGAUUGAAUCCAGGGUGCAAGCAGUGAAGCCUUUGAAGGUUUUAGAAGCAUUCUCUUUAACAAAUGUUGAUGGCGAAGACAAUGAAUCUUUACAAGACUAUGGAGGCAGUAACCAUAUGGCUAAAGAACAUAGAAAUGAAAUACAGAAUUUAAGCACCUAUGUGAUGUUAUCAAAGCCUAUAUUAGCACUGAAGUUUAAUCAAAUGAAGAUGCAAGUAGAAGCUCCCAUUGUACUUUACCAAUGCUCAAAUUCUUUAGAAACUACUAAUGUAACCUCUGUUCCAUAAACUCAAACACAAAUGAACAUCUGGUUGAUUUUUGAACAAAGAAAAAAAAAGGCAUGUAAUUUUAUUUUCAACUAUACAGUGAAUCAUGAUUAUGAUA